UUAUUUCAAAACAAAUCAUUACGCAUUCGGUUAAAGAAACAUACAAAUCUUUCAACAUUACCCAAAUUUAUCGACAAAUUCUAAAGAUAACGUUUUUCAUUGUUACAGACCGAGUAAAAUGACCCAUUGACAAGAAAACAAGCCAAAAUGGAUUCAACAGAAGACGAAUUCUAUAACAUGUGUUUAAACCUGACCAACGAGGAAGCCAGCCUCGUCGGCAGCUGCAACUUUAGUAGCGAAUAUGAAAACGGAGAAUUAUUGGAGAAGGUUGUGUCAAGGGUAGUGCCAAUCUUCUUCGGUUUCAUUGGCAUUGUCGGAUUGGUUGGCAACGCUUUGGUCGUAUUAGUGGUCGCCGCUAACCCUGGCAUGAGAUCGACGACAAACCUCCUAAUAAUAAAUCUUGCUGUAGCCGAUUUACUCUUCGUCAUCUUCUGCGUACCGUUCACAGCCACAGACUAUGUUAUGCCAAGAUGGCCAUUCGGUGAUUGGUGGUGCAAAGUUGUACAAUAUUUUAUAGUGGUGACAGCUCAUGCCUCCGUUUAUACACUAGUACUAAUGUCAUUAGAUAGAUUCAUGGCAGUAGUCCACCCUAUAGCUUCGAUGUCGAUCAGAACAGAAAAGAAUGCGUUCUUAGCGAUAGCCUUCAUUUGGGUGGUGAUUUUGACUACAGCAAUACCAGUUGGCAUUUGCCAUGGAGAAAGAGAGUAUGCUUAUUAUGACAGGAAUCAUUCUUCUUGCGUAUUCUUGGAAGAACGGGGGUACAGCAAGCUGGGUUUCCAGAUGUCAUUCUUUUUGUCUUCUUACGUGAUUCCUUUGGCGCUGAUCAGUGUUUUGUACAUGUGUAUGCUGACCAGGCUGUGGAAAAGUGCUCCCGGUGGGAGGGUAUCAGCAGAAAGUAGGAGAGGAAGGAAGAAAGUCACCAGAAUGGUGGUGGUGGUCGUUGUGGUGUUCGCCGUAUGUUGGUGUCCGAUACAGAUCAUCCUCCUAGUUAAAGCCCUGGACGCGUACAACAUCACAUACUUCACUGUUACCGCGCAGAUUGUGUCGCAUGUACUGGCGUACAUGAACAGUUGCGUGAACCCGGUGCUGUACGCUUUUUUAUCUGAAAACUUCAGGGUUGCUUUUAGGAAGGUAAUGUACUGCCCACCGCCUUACAACGACGGGAUGGGUCGCCCUCAGCCAACGAAGACCACUCGAACCGGCAACGGCAACUCCUGCCACGAUAUAGUCUGAGAAUCAAUGCGUAGUCGCACGCGCCUGCCUUCCGCGGACCAAGGGACUGUCGUGUAAAUGCUUAAGCUGUCUUCGCGUGUGCACUAAAAAAUAGACUCUGUUACAAUGUAAAUAUAGCUUACAAUACAAAAUAUUUUUAGAUUGAAAACAAAUGUGAUGCUUUCUUGUAAAUAAAUUAGUUAGUGAACGAAUAUCCCUCGCACGCUGCUAUAUUUCGAGCCCAAAUAUGGCAGUGAAUGACGAAUUUUCGUUAUGUGUCAGUGUAAUAUAACGCUUUACGCAUAGUUAAUUUUAAGUAGGUACAUCGAAAAUAGAAUAAUUAGAUAUUAAAUUAUUAUUAAAUUCCAGAUAGUAAUAGUUUCAAGUUUGUAUAACAAGCUUUAUUAGUAAUAUCAUAGUUUAGGAAGAUAUAAUUAUAAUACUGAAACUACUAAUAUUACACAAUGUAAUUAUAAGAUAUUACGUUUGUCAAGUUUAUUAAAUUGUAAUAAUUAUAAUUGAAUUGUAAUUAUAAUAAUGAAAUUAAACUGUCUGUUUACAUCGUAUGUUAUCCUAUAUGGUUUAUGUAAAUUGCUUUAACCCUUUAAUAUAGUAAAUGUUUUGAUACUGUUUUUGUUUCAAUUAUGAAUUUCUGAUUAGUUUUAGUCCCACAUGGUUUUUUCAAACAGUUAUCGCGGACGAGAAGAGUCUGGAAGUACCUACAGAUGAUUGAUUCUUAACGAUGUUCUCUAACAUAUACCUAAAAAUUUACCAUUACUUUUUAAGAGAGUUGAGAAGUAUUUUUACUUGAUUUUAUUUAAUGAUACCUGUCUUUUUAGUCGUCUCGAUACA